AAGGGAGAAGAUGGUCCGAGUAUACGAGGUGGAAUGGUGGACGCUCUAGUUGUUCAUGCUACAGCUGCCGGCAAAACAGAAUUUAUUUAUCAAGAAGCGUUCUUAACAACAUAUCGAACGUUUUUAUCACCGAAAGAAUUGAUUGAGAAAUUAUUAUACAGAUUCUACAAGUUUCAACACGCUACAGAUUCUAAAGUUAGACUGGCAAAAAAUUCAUUUUCACUCUUAAUACGUGUUAUAGAUGAAUUAGGUGCAAUGGAACUGGAUGAUGAAGUAGUAAAAAGACUGAUGGAUCUAGUCUAUGAGUUAUUGUGUCAGUCAGAUCUAGUUUUAGCCAGAAUUCUACGUAAGAAAGUUAUAGAAAAAUGUGAACAGCGUGAUUCUCAUCAAGAACCAACUAAUUACGGACCAAUCAAUCAAAACGUUUCUCUCGGCUCAACGCCUGUUUUAGAUUUGUUAAGUUUUAAAUCUCAUGAUAUAGCUGAACAGAUGACUCUAAUGGAUGCUGAACUUUUCCAGAAAAUAGAGAUACCAGAAGUUUUACUCUGGGCUAAAGAACAGUCGGAAGAAUUGAGUCCCCAUUUAACGUUUUUUACUGAACAUUUUAACAACAUGUCAUUUUGGUGCCGUACUAGAAUCCUGGAACAGAAUGAUGGAAAAGAAAGAGAGAAAUAUCUGAUGAAAUUUAUUAAAAUUAUGAGGCAUCUUCGUAAAUUAAGUAAUUUUAAUUCCUACCUGGCCGUUCUCUCAGCUUUAGACUCGGCACCAGUCAGACGAUUGGAAUGGCAGAAACAAAACUUAGAGGCGUUGAAGGAAUUUUGUUUAUUGAUAGAUAGUUCUUCUUCAUUCCGAGCAUACCGACAAGCACUGGCUGAGACAGAGCCUCCCUGUAUACCUUACUUGGGUUUGAUUCUACAAGAUUUAACAUUUAUUAAUAUUGGUAAUCAGAAUCUACUACCAGAUGGCAGUAUCAACUUCGCUAAACGUUGGCAACUGUUUAAUAUACUCGAUAGUAUGAGAAGAUUUAAAAACUGUAAUUAUGAGUUCAAGAAAAAGGAGCCUAUUUUACAUUAUUUAUCAAACUUCAAGGAUCACGAUAAUGAGGAGACGCUAUGGCAACGCUCAGAAAAAAUCAAACCACGAGGUGUGAGAAAACGGGUAGAAGUGGAUUGA